ACCCCAUGCGUUUCCUCUGUUGUCUCAGGCCUUAUGACUCCCAUAGCAAAUCCUGCCGCUGCUAGUUCAAGCAAUACGUUUGUGGUAGAGUUUCCAAGGAAACGCAAAGGAAGUGAUUCUGAUAACCAGUACACAGGUGACAUCGAAGUUGAUGAUCUCCAGAGCAGGAGUGAAGAUGAAGAACAUAUAAAAAUUAAAUAUUUCAGGGAGGCUCAUAGCCAAACAGAAAAGCGAAGAAGAGACAAAAUGAAUAACCUGAUAGAAGAAUUAUCUGCCAUGAUACCUCAGUGCAAUCCAGUAGCACGUAAACUGGAUAAACUUACAGUGUUAAGAAUGGCUGUGCAGCACUUAAAGUUGUUGAAAGGUUCUACUAGUUCUUACUCAGAAGUCCGCUAUAAGCCUUCAUUUUUACAAGAUGAUGAACUCCGACAUUUAAUCCUUAAGGCUGCAGAUGGGUUCCUCUUUGUGGUUGGAUGUGACAGAGGGAAAAUCUUGUUUGUUUCAGAAUCAGUUUCCAAGAUCCUUAAUUAUGAUCCAGCCACUUUGAUUGGGCAAAGUCUUUUUGACUAUCUUCACCCAAAAGAUGUUGCCAAAGUGAAAGAGCAACUUUCAUCUUCAGAUGCUUCACCAAGAGAAAAGCUAAUAGAUGCCAAAACUGGAUUGCAAGUCCAUACUGAUUUUCAAGCAGGAUCAUCUGGUCUGCAUUCUGGUGCUCGGCGGUCGUUUUUCUGUCGAAUAAAGUAUACAAGAAACAUUGUCAAAGAAGAAAAGGAGUCUUUGCCAAGUGCAAAAAAGAAAGAUCAUAAAAAGUACUGUACUGUUCAUUGCACUGGGUAUCUGAAGAGUUGGCCUCCUAAUGAGGUGGGUGUAGAAGACGAGAAUGAUGUGGAAAAAGACAGCAGUAACUAUAACUGUCUUGUUGCAAUUGGGCGAUUACACCCUUACGUUAUUCCUCAAAAAAGUGGAGAAAUAAAGGUGAAGCCAACUGAAUUUGUAACGCGUUUUGCCAUGGAUGGAAAAUUUGUUUUUGUAGAUCAACGAGCAACAGCAAUUUUAGGUUAUCUGCCUCAAGAGCUUUUAGGAACUUCUUGCUAUGAAUACUUCCACCAAGAUGAUCAUAGUCAUCUAACUGAUAAACACAAAGCAGUGCUGCAAAGUAAAGAAAAAUUAAUUACAAAUUCCUACAAAUUCAAAGCAAAAGAUGGUUCUUUUGUCACAUUAAAAAGUCAGUGGUUCAGUUUCGUAAAUCCAUGGACCAAAGAACUGGAAUACAUUGUGUCAACCAAUACAGUUCUAGGCCAUAAUGAGUUGGGUGAAGAAGCCCUGCUACCCUGCAGUUCCCUGUCUUCAGAAGAUGUGCCAAAGCCAUCAUUUCUUGGUGUACCAGGGAUGUCUACAGGAACUAUCCUUGGGGCUGGAAGCAUUGGAACAGAGAUCGCAAAUGAAGUCUUAGAUUUGCAAAGAUUACAUACGACUCCACCUCUUGGCGAGUUAAGUCCUUCAGAUCUUAUGAGGAAGUCUUCUUCCCCAGUUAUAACAGUAACUUGCAGUAAUGUGCCAAAUAAAGAACUGAUUCAAUUAUGUCCGUCUGUGAUGGAAGAUUUGGAAACUUCAGGGCAAAAUCAGGGCACUGUUUCAUUCCCUAGCAAUGCACCACUUCUUAGUGACCCCACUCAGUUGGAUUUCGAUGCAGUGUGUGAAAACGACACUAACAUGGCUGCUCUUAUGAAUUACUUAGAAGCUGAAGGGGGUCUGGGAGAUGCAGCAGAGUUAAGUGAGAUCCAGUGGACUCUCUAGUUGUGUUUCUGCAUCUGAGAAGCAAUGAGAACAGCUUUUAAUGCACAACAAAGAAUUCUGCAUCCUCAAGUACUGUAUUGGUACCUUUUAAGGCUUUAAUUCAUAUUUACAUUAUUACAUAUAUAUAUUUUUAAAAUACCUGCCUUGUUCAUAAAAAAAUAAGUUUAACUGCAUAUGCCAA